AUGGCUUCAUCUGUGGCCGGCGCAGCAUUUGCUGCUGCCGCAGCAGCAGCAGCAGCAACCGCUGCAGCUGCCCGACCCUCUUCCUCUAUGGCAGGAGCAGCAGCAACAGCAGCAAAAGCAGCAGCAGCUGCGGCUGUAGCUGGCCAGCGUGCUGCUGCUGCUCAUCCGGGACGGCGUGCUUCCCACCGGUUAGGCCUGUCAGCAGCAAGAGAAGCAGCAGCUGUCCCAGCAGCGACAGGGGCAGCAGCAGCAGCAGCAGCUGCUGCUGCUGCUGCUGCUGCCAACGACGACUAUGAUCAUCCCCGACGAAGUCCAUCUCUGGCCAUUGCUCUAGCGGGGCUUGCUAGGGCGCAGCGGCAGCAGCAGCAGCCGCAGCAGCAGCUGCAGCUGCGGCAGCAGUCACACGGCCUGCUUGCUGCUGCUGCAGCAAAGGCAGCAGCUGCUGAAUGGCGGCUCCAGAAGCAGCAGCAGCAGCAAGCGACGCAGCAGCAGCAUCAAGAGCCCGUGUCUAUUCCGGGGCCUUUGUUUUGCUGCUUAGGCCUGCACGCUUGCGCUUCUUUCCCUGCCCCAGUGCAGCAGCAGCAGCAGCAGCAGCAGCAGCAGCAGCAGAAGCAGCAUCGGUGGCCGAGUGACUCUGCCCUAGAAGGCGUGGCUCAGUCGGUCCUCCGUGUACUGUCAAACAGCGGAUCUGGCAGCAGCAGCAGCAGCAGCAGCAGCAGCAGCAGCAGCAUGCCAGCAGCAGCAGCAGCAGCAGCAGAGGUUCGCCUUGUUGAAGUGUAUAGACAGCUCCCCACAGAUCUCCUCAGAGCCCACUUCGCCGGCCAGUGCAUGCGGCUGUUGGGGCUGCAGCUAAAGUGCUGCAGCAGCAAACAUGCAGCAACAGCACUUGCUGCGCUGCUGCGGCUGCUGCCGCAGCUUCCUGCAGCACCGGCUGCAGCGCAGCAGCAGCAGCUGCUGCUUCGAGACAUCAAGCGCUGGCAGCAGCAGUGUAAUCUCUUGCAGCAGCAAGAACUGCAUCGGCAGGAUGUGGAGGCAGUUGCUGCUGCUGCUGCUGACCCUGAGCCCAACUGUGGCCCUGAAGCAGCAGCAGCAGCAGCAGCAGCAGCAGCAGCAGAAGCAACAGCAGUCAGUGCAGCGGGAGUCUCAGAAGAGGCAGCAGCAGCUCAUAUCUGCCGCAGGUGGCCUAUCUUUAGCAGCAAACAAGAGCCCUCAGCAGCUGCAGCAUAUUUGCUGCUUGCUGCUGCUUUGCUGCGGGCAAAGCAGCUGCUGCGCCGCCGCCGCAGCAGCAGCAGCAGCAGCGGCAGCAGCAGGACAGUAGCUUCCGUUGUUUCCGCGGCAGCAAAAACGGCGGAGUUGGCGGCCCCCCUGUCAGUUGCUGCUGCUGCAGGUGCUGCUGCUGCGGGUGCUGCUGCUGCUGCUGGCGCUGAAGCUGCCUCAAGCGCAGCAGCAGCACCGGAAGCAGCAGCAGCAGCAGCAGCAAAGGCCGCAGCGCUGCAGCUGCUGCAGUCCCCAGACACAGAUGAGGCUUUGCUGCUGCACCGCGAGAUGUAUAAAGGCUCUGACUUGGUGAUGCUGCUGCAGGCAGCAGCAGCAGCGCCAAUGUGGAGGCCGGAGUUCCUGCGGAGUCUUCCCAGUCUGCUGCUGCAGCACAUCGCAUUCCUUUCCCCGCAGCAGCUGCUGCUGCUGCUGCACUUGAUGAAGUGCCUGCGGGUUUGCAGGCCUGCUGCCCGCACUGCAGCAGCACCAGCUGCGGCACCAGCAGCUGACUCAGCCACAGCAGCAGAAGGAGAAGCAGCGGCAGAAGCAGCAGCAGCAGCAGCAGCAGCAGCAGCGGAAGAGGUCCAUUGGUCUGAGGUUGCUGCAGAAGCUGCCCCCCACCUGCUGCGCCUGCUGCGCGCCGGCCGCUGCAGCAGCAGGGACGCAGCAACAGCGCUGUCCCUAUACACCUCCGAGGAGUGGCGCAGCGCCGAGGUUCCUUCAGCAGCAGUUGUCGCUGCUGUUGCUGCUCACCUGCCUGCGAUUCUGCAGCAAAGCAGCAGCAGCAAAUGCAGCAAAGGGAAUUUGGCCGACACUCUGCUGCUUCUGCAGGUUUUGCUGCAGUGGAGGGCCCCACAGCCAGAUGUGUGGGGCCCUCCGUUGCUGCGCAGCAUAGCAGCAGCAGCAGCAGCAGCAGCAGCAGCAAGGCCUGCUGCGCUGUCUGUGCAGCAGCUUGCAGCUGCAGCAGGUGCUAUGGCUCUGCUGCAGCUGCUGCAGAACCUCUAUUGCUGCCAGGUGCUGCUAGAUGAGGAGACGCCGGGAGCGUCUGCUGCUGCUGCUGCUGCUGCUGCUGCUGCUGCAGUUCCGCUGCAAAGGCCGCCUUCGGGCGGGUUUGCUGCAGCAGUGGCUGCUGCGCUGCAGCCUUGGCCCUCGUCUGGCAGCAGCACCAUCAGCAGUAGCAGCAAAAAGGAGCUGCUGAGUAGUCUUAUCUCAUGCUGGCAGCAAUUAACCAGAGGCUUUACUGCAACAGCAGCAGCAGCAACAACCCAGCAGCAGCAGCAGCAGCUCUUGUCUGCAGCGAUGCUAUGCUGCGCGGCCUGCGGUGUUUUGCUUCCUCAUUCUGCAGCCGAGCAUCUUCAGGGUCUGCUGCAGCAACACACAUCUGGAAGCAGGCCUUCAAGUGUGUCAACAGCACUGCUGCUGCAGCUGCUGCGCAGCGCGUUGCUGCAUCAGGAGUACAGUGAAGCCUUGUCAGAGCAGCAGCAGCAACAGAGGCAGGGAGAGACUACUGACGCAGCAGCAACAGCAGCAGCAGCAGCAGCAGCAGCAGCAGCAGAGCUGCAAAGGAGGCGACUGAACCUGCAACAGAGGGCUGAAGCUGCAGCUCUCCUAUGGCGUCUCUCCCGUUCAGAUUCUAUCGGCAGGGCUGUUUUAAUGGGGUCACACCUGGCGGAUGGAAUCUCUUCUGCUGCAGCUGCUGCUGCUGUUCCCACAGCCUUUAAAAGAUAUGCUCCUGCAGCUCGUGCAGCUUCUGCUGCUGCUUCUGGUGCAGCAGCGAUGCAAGGGACUUGGGAGCUUCCCACUGCAGCAGCAGCAGCAGCAGCGAGAGAGCGGCAUCACACGAAGUCUUCUAAGCUGCUGCUGCAGUCCGUACCUUCGGCCGACAGCAGCAUUGACUCGCUGGAGGAUUUGCUGCCUUCACGAGGCAGCAGCAGCAGCAGCAGCAGCAGGGCACAGCAGCAGGGAAGGGGGCAGCCGCAGGAGCGGCAGGACAGCAGGCGUCAGCAGCAGCCAGCAGCAACAGCAGCAGCAGCAGCAGCUUGUGUGCCUAUGCCGGCUCCCUGUUUUGCUGCCUCAUCUCACCAAGCGCAGCAGCAGGAGUUCCUGCCAAGUGCUGCUGCUGCUGUUGCAGCAGCAGCAGAGCAAGCUUCACGCUGUGCUGUUACACCGGAAGCUUUGCUGCUCCUGCUGCUGCCGCCCCCAGCAGCAACAGCUGCUGCAGCAGCGCCCGCAGGAGAAGAGCCAUGCUCUCCAAACAGCAGUGGCAGUUUGAAAAGCUGCACGGAAGCGGGCGUCAGCAGCAGCAGCAGCAGCAGCAGCAGCAGCGGCAGCAGCAGCAGCAGUAGCUGCGCAUGCGUGCGGACCCUUUGCUGGCAUGAGGGCCGGUGGUCUGAAGAGGAGAGAAAAGUGGACAUCUCCAAAUGGGCAGAAGCUCUGCAGGAGCGACACGCGCUGCUGCAGCAAUUGCUCCUGUGGCUGCAGCAGCAGCAGCAGAAGCAGCAGCAGCACUGCCCUUCACCGCGUCGACCAGCUCAACUUCUGUCUCUCUUCAGGAGCAUUGCUGAAGCCAUUGCUGCUGCAGGUUUUGCAGUGGGGGCCAAGCUGCUGGACGGGUUCCCUAACCGCUGCGAAGAGCAGCAGCAGCAGCAGCAGCAGCAGCAGCAGCAGCGCCAGCCGUUGGAGGAGCAGCAGCGGCAGCAAGUGCAGCAGCUGCAGCGCCUGCUGCUUGAACACAGCCCCUGGCAGCAAGAGGCUGCUGCCCCAGCAGCAGCAAACCAUGUGCUGCGGCGAGUCGUUGCUGCUGCUGACAUCUGCUGCUUACAGCAUGGGGUGCGGAUUGACGUUGCGCUGCACCUGCUGCCGACUACACAGCCCGGGAGCAGCAGCAGCAGCAGCAGCAGCAGCACAAGCCGCAGCAGCAGCAGCGGCAGAAGCACAGGCGGCGGGCCAACAGCAGCAGCGCCAUCAGAAAAGCGCGUUGCGCUUUUUUUGGACAGAGGGAGCAGCAGCAGCAGCAGCAGCGCUGCUGCUGCUGUUGCAGCGCUGGAAACUUUGCUGCUGUCAAUGAAGGGCUGGGAGGUAUACGAGCUUCAACUGGCGCCUGCUGCAGCAGCGGCUGCACCAGCUGCUGCAGCAGUAUGCAGCAGCAGCAGCAUGAGCCGCAGCAGCGCAACUAGCAGCAGCAUGAGCCGCAGCAGCACGGCUAGCAGCAGCAUGAGCCGCAGCAGCACAACUGGCAGCAGCAGCAUCACAGGCUUCCCUGCGGAGGCGGCUGCCUCGCUGCUGCCUUUGCUGCUGCGGCCUUUUAAGUAG